CAACCGGCAGGGUUUUUUCUAGCAACGCCGGCGGCAGGGUUUAGGAGGAGGAAAAUCAAAGGAGAACGGAUUUCCUUCCUCGACCGAGAGUUGGAGGUUUGCUAUCUUCUUGAUUUCUACCGAAAGCUGAAUCGAUACCAAAUUACAAAGAACGAGAGAGAAAGAAAGAGAUCCGAGAACUGACUAGUUCGAUUCAAGUUUGCUCUUCUUUAGACAUUCAAACCUAAUUUACAGUUUUUUCCAUCAAAUACUAUCUGGGUUCGUGAUUUCAGCUCUCAAUGACCUUCGCAUUAAGCUCCUGAUCGAUUUCGCGGCUGAGACAGGUGAGCUUCAAUGGAGUAACCUCUGGUAGCGGCGACAACAUCAAUUAACUAUCACUUCUCUCCAGCAAUAGGUUUGAUUUUGGAUUUAGAAAGUCUGGUAGAAAGGUAAAAGAAUGGUCUGGAAAAUUUCAACAACCAAGUUAUUAAAUAUAAGCAUAGCUUCUUUCUGCAGGAACAACCAGUUGGAGAAAGCAGAAAUUGUCAUAAUAGAUGGUAUUAGAUUAGGUGUAUUACCAGAUGUGGUUACUUAUAAUACUCUAAUUUCUGCGUAUUGUCGUCUCGUUGGAUUAGAUGCUGCUUCUUCGGUUCUUUCAAGAAUGAAAGAAGCUGGAAUUCAAUCAGACCUCAUUACAUAUAACACGUUGAUGGCUAGCGCGACCACUCAUUGUUUGUUUCAGACAACUCUUGAGCUGUUCGAUGAAAUGCUCAAGAGAAAUAUCAGACCAAACGUCUGGACAUACAACACCUUGAUGCAUUGUUAUUUCAAAUCUGGAAAACCAGACGAAGCCGACAGAGUAUUCCAACACAUAAUUGAUCCUUGUCCGACAACCUUUAACAUCAUGAUUAACGGAUUAUGCAACAAUGGCUACACAGCCAAUGCUCUCAGUUUAUUCAGGAAUCUGCAACGUUGUGGCUUUAUCCCACAGUUACCCACUUUCAACAUCCUUAUUAACGGCCUUUGCAAGUCAGGCAGAUUAGGUUCCGCAAGAAGAAUCCUAAGGGAGCUUGAGCAAUCGGGUCAUAAGCCAAACGCUAUAACUUAUACAACCGUAAUGAAAUGUUGUUUCAAGUCUCGAAAGUAUAGGCAAGGACUCGAGGUAUUUUACGAGAUGAGGGAUAAAGGGUAUACUUUCGACUCAUUUGGAUACUGCACGGUUAUCGGUGCUUUGGUUAGGAUCGGUAGAAUAAACGAGGCUAAUAAGUAUGCUGAAGAGAUGUCGAGAAACGGGGGUAAGCUCGAUUUAGUUUGUUACAACACAUUGAUUAAUCUCUCGUUUAAGGAAGGAAAAUUGGACGUCGUUGAUAGAUUAUUAGAAGACAUUGAGAAGGCCGGUUUCGCAGUUGAUAAGUACACCCAUGCGAUAAUAGUAGACGGGUUUUGCAAUUCGGGUGAUUUUGAUACGGCUAAGAGGCAUUUGAAGGAUAUGAGUCAGAAUGGGUUAGAUUGGAACAUUGUGGCUUUCAAUUGUUAUCUAAACGCUUUGGCUAGAUCGGGUCAUCUUCAUCGUGCAAUGAGGGUUUACUAUUCGAUGGACAUUAGGGAUUCAUUUACUUAUUCUUCUUUGGUGCAUCAUCUUUGUAAGUCUAGGAGAUAUGUUACUGCAUCUAAGUUACUUCAAGCUUGUUUAAGAAGCCGUGGGAAAAUUCUUAAGUCUGCUCAAAGAGCGGUUCUAAGUGGACUUCGAUAUUCGGGAUUUUCGAAUGAAGCGAGAAAAGUUCACAAGGCAAUUCAAACAGCAAAAAUUUUGCAGCAUAAGUGAAAAGUUAUUGUAUUUGUAUAUUAUAGAUAUUGUCUCAUUUGAUCAUACAUAUUUAUUCAUGUUAGUGGAAGUUUUGAGACUGCCUUUUAUAGCUCUAUGGCAUCCUUUUAGAAGGGUUCCAUGGUUUAUUGAAUUAUUUUGGGUCUAAAUUAUUUUGUUGUUCUAAAGCAUACAAAUUUAUAUGUUUUUGUU